UACUACUCUAUAACCCUAAAAACGAAGACGCCGAAAAAUAAAAUAAAAAUAAAAAUAAAAUAAUGUAAUGUAAUGUAAGAUUGGGCUUACCUUAGUCCUUACCACCGGAAUAUUCCGAACGGACGGACUAUAUGAGAAGACAUAAGAUCAUUUCCCGAAAACUAUAUAUACUCCCUCUCAAUCUUCCAAUUUACCCUAAAACCACUUUCAACAGCCGCAACAUCCAUCCAUCCAUCAUGUUUCUCAUCUCUACCAAACCACUUUCUCUAUCUUCAUCUUCAUCUUCACUAUGCCGCCGAGAAUUUAGCUUCUCUUUUCUUCUUCUUUCCAAUUGACUUUCCUUUCCUUUCUCACUUCACCUAAAUUCAUGGGAUCCGAGGGUUUUGGUAGACCUACCCACUCCAAUUCAAUUCAAUUCUGCAAUUCAUCUUCCGUACUCCAAAAUGAUGUUGCAAAUAUGAAAACAUCGGCUGAGUUUCCGUCCUGUAAUAAUGAAUUUUCAAAGACUCAACAAUGUAAGAGUUCCAAUCAGCUUCCCCAUCUCAAGGGCGAAGAUUUGUCAAAAAAUAAGCUCAGUGGUAAUGGAAAAAAUUGUGUUCUAAUUACUUCCACAAUGGAAGGUGUAUCAUUACAACGAAAAUCAGCAAAAUCUAACAGGAGUAAUAGUUCAAGUUCAAAAAGGUCAAGGAUGUCCCAAUCAGAAGAUUAUACUAGCCCUAAAGGAACUGAAGAGUCAAAGAAUAGUUUUGACAAGUUUGGAUCACAUAAUAUGAAGUGUUCUUCUCCAGAGAAAAGUCAAUUACCAAAGCAAAAGGGCAAUAAUAGCAAGCGCGGUGAUAAGAAGAACUUUAAAGUGCCUUCUUCAAAGGCUAAAUUUGAGUCAUCGUCUAUGAAAAUGGGUACAUCAAUCUUCAAUUCUGCUAGUGGAGGGAACAGCUUUUUUGGUUUAUAUGGUCUGAAACAUGAUUUUCAUGAUGUCACAAAGCUCAUGGAUGAGCCCCCGUUAGAUCAGCUCCUUAAGGGCACCUUUGACUCCCCCGCUAUAAGCAACGAUAAAGGGAAGAGAACAUCAAAUAGCAAUGAUAGUUUUUUGAGUUCAGUUAGAAAGGCCUGCUCUAUCAUUCAGUCCCCAAAACCUGUUCAGUCUCAAAAUAUGGAGAUGGAUUACUCCUCCAACAAGAAAAUGUCCACAUACCAAUUUAGUUCAAUUUGUGCAGUAGAAAGCGUUGUUAACGGGGAUAAAGAGCAGUCUUGUUCAACAGAUACAUCUUCUAGUCAGAAGGAUCCUUGUAGCGAAACAGAAUGUACAGCUAGUCCGCUUGACUUUCCAUUAUGUGAACCUAAGGAUGUAUUAGAGCAGAUUGCACUACAUCCAUUCCGAGAUUUUGAGUCUUUGCUGAUUGAUGCCUCCAAACUUUCGAUUAGUACAAAGAAUAGUAAUGAUCUACGUUCAGGCAAGCAGGUAUCUCGUCGACCAAGCUUGCCAUCCUUCCCAUGGUCACAUGCUUUUGGUGGCAAUUGUAGAACUAAUUCUGACACAGCUAAGUUAUCAACAAGUAGAAGCAUGUGCCAAGGUAAAUGGGCAAGGAUAGGUCUCAUUGCUAGCUCUACAGAUAUUGAUCGCAGUUCGUUCACAAACUUCGAUUCAUUUAGUUAUGAUCAGAGCCUUGUUCCCUCAUCUGGAAAUUCAGACAGCAAAGUUUUUCGAUCUUUGUUUGCUAAUCUUCCUUUUCGUCGGUUGGAUUCUUCGUCUCUUGUUGCAUGUUCUAAAGAUUUUCAGGUUAAUACAGAAUUUGGAGACCAAGUUGCUACUAAAGAAAAUGAUGAGCAUUGCCCAACAGUAUUAGCUGCUGCACAGACUCUCUGUGAAUUUAAAACUCACUCACUUAGAAAGAGCACAGAUGGAAUUUUAAGAUGGCAAAGAAACCCUUCACAUAAGGCCAUGAAAACUUGUUAUUUUAAAUCCAGCGGGAAACUGGAAGACCUGCCCACGACACCAGUUUCACUGGUUGGGUCUAACAUGGUGUCCAAAAAUGUGGAGCAAAUAAUGCCCUCAAAGAAGCAAAAGCUUUCCACCGUUGAGAAUAAGAAUAUCGGUCACUCCAAUAAUGUAAAGAAAGGAGCCUGUCCGUGGCCUACAUCAAAAUCAGGUAGAUCAUUACCCAGUAAACUAGUUAGGGACUCGAUUGUAGAAAACAAACGUACAAAUUCGAGUAUCGUAAAGCAGCAACAUUGUAUGAUGAUGCCCCCACCUGCAAGGGAUUUGGAUAAGACUUAUGAUGGUCAACAUCAAGUCGGAAAAUUUGUAUUGAUGGAUUGGAAAAGGGGAAGGGACAAGUCAGAUUGAUCAAUAAUUAUUGACUGUAGACUCAUUAGCAGCUGUUGUGUGAUUAGCAAAUGUUUAGGUUAUUGAAAGGCUGCUCUUUUGUAUAUAUUUAUUAUUAUGUUGUGACUGCGAUGAAUUUGUUGCCAGUGUAUUGUCCUAGGGCAAACAUGAUUCAAAUGUUGUAACAUUAAAAGUUAAAACACAGGUGUAUAAAACAGCAUAAUUCAUUGCUUACUCUGUGUGAAUUUUGUGGGUGGGUGUAUGUUAUGAGCUUUAGCUGUAGUGUAGGCAACUGUAACUGCUAUUACCAGUUUACAGAAAUCUGGUGUAUCGAUAGAAUAUUUUUGUGCAAUAUAUACCCCUUGGUAAUGCUUGUGGUAUUUGUGUUA